AUGGGGGAGUGGGCGUUCCUGGGCUCCCUGCUGGAUGCGGUGCAGCUGCAGUCGCCGCUCGUGGGUCGCCUCUGGCUGGUGGUCAUGCUGAUCUUCCGCAUCCUGGUGCUGGCCACGGUGGGAGGUGCCGUGUUCGAGGACGAGCAGGAGGAGUUCGUGUGUAACACGCUGCAGCCCGGCUGUCGCCAGACCUGCUACGAUCGCGCCUUCCCGGUGUCCCACUACCGCUUCUGGCUCUUCCACAUCCUGCUGCUGUCGGCGCCGCCGGUGCUGUUCGUCAUCUACUCCAUGCACCAGGCCAGCAAGGAGGCGGGUGGCGCGCAGCCGACCCCGCCGUGCGCGCGCGGGCGUACCGAGGCGCCGUGCUCCCCGUGCGCCCUGCGCGCUCGCCGCGCGCGCCGCUGCUACCUGCUGAGCGUGGCUCUGCGCCUGCUCGCCGAGCUGGCCUUCCUGGGCGGCCAGGCGCUGCUCUACGGCUUCCGCGUGGCCCCCCACUACGUGUGCGCCGGGCCACCUUGCCCGCACACGGUCGACUGUUUCGUGAGCCGGCCCACCGAGAAGACCGUCUUCGUGGUCUUCUACUUCGCCGUCGGGCUGCUGUCGGCGCUGCUCAGCGUGGCCGAGCUGGGUCACCUGCUCUGGAAGGGUCGCCAGCGCGCCAAGCUGCUCCCGCCGCCGCCGCCGUCGCCCUCUCUGCCUUCGCAGCGCGGGGACCCCGACCCCUUCGGCCCGCCAGCCUACGCGCACCGCUCCUCGGCCGGCGACAGCGAGGGCGAGGGCGGCAGCGGCCACAGCAAAGCGUCGCUAGCCACGAUGCGCCAGGACCUGGCCAUCUAGCGGCGAGAUCGGAGGCUGGAUGUCAGCACCCGGGGCCUUGGAGGCAGAAGAGCCUGUCUGAGCAGAAGAUGAACAGAGGGGACCCCCAGAGCAGAAAAUACGCUGAAGGAGACCGCUGGGGUUCGGGUGGAGGGUGAUGUCGCACUUCCUAGUGCUGGUUGCAGCAGCUGUGUUGAAUCAGGGGGGGCUCCUUCGUGCUGUGAUCCUAGCGGAAAGGGAGGAUGCCAAGGGUUCCCCUGAGAGGAGGCGAUCAGGCAGUGGGUGACCUGCUUGUUGCACCGGGGACAAAAUCAACAGUGAUGGCAACAUUCCCAGGUCCCCUGGUAAUUCAGAGAGUUCUUUGUGGGCAUUCUGUGCACACAAGCACACUGGAUACACUCAGAUGGGUUGCUUGAGCACAGUAAACCUCCGCGAGCUGUGUGUA